AUGGCAGAAUCGACCAAACCCCACCAAAGGAGUUACAUCCCUUUCUUCUUGCUCAGACGUGCCCAGAGGGCGGGCAAGGGCGGGAGGAAGAGCAAGGUCACCAGGGCAGCAGAACUCCGGCAGACUGACGUGGUGAGCAAGUCUGUGGACAGCCUACUCGCCGUCGCCUCCAGUAUAAGCCUUCCUCCCAACGCUACAGUCCGCACAGAUCUUCGCCCGGAGAGACACAGCCUUCAGCAGUUUAGCAGUCCCUCUAGCCUUAGUUCCUCCCCUUCAAACACCAGAAUUAGACGACACUCCUAUGGGUACACCGUUAACGACAAAAGCGAAGAUUCCUCAGAGUUCUUUGACUGUCGGGACGGAGUUAGCGAUGGUGAUUUUACGUCAUCAAGUCAGGAACCGUCACCUAUUCGGUAUCCAAGGGCGACAACAACAAACGAAUCAUCUGAUAGUAGAGGAAGGCGACAAGAGCGUUUCGUCAAACGACAGUCCACUUUAUCUUCUUUGGGGAUGUCCACUGGUUUCGCCAGCGACCGGGACUCUGCGGAUUCAGACAUUGAUGAGAAAAGCAGUCAUGUUUUGGAUCUAGACACGUCACUACUGGCCGGAUCUGAAGAUGACAGCUCUAGUUACUCGGAGUCGCCCACAAUUACUGUACACACAUCCCGAGCGAAGGUAGGAGAGAAUAUUAUAUUGUGUAGUAUUAGUAGUACAUUUUACCCCGCCAGGACAUCACAAAAGAUAAACACCUGA